CCAUUCCGGAUCCUCCUUUUCUCAGUGUACCGUUCCAAAUGACACUGAUCUACAGCUAAAGCAAAACCCCUAAACCCUAAAUUACCUCAAAAACAAUGGCGUUGUUCUCCCGCAUCCGUACAUCGGCAACCGCCGCAUCUUUCCACCUUCGCCGCUUCUCCAUCCUCUCUCCAGACUCAUCCACUCCUCUCAGCGCUCACCAAAAAUCACGCGCCGCCCUCUCCCUCCUAAAAUCAGAGCAAAACCCCGACCGCAUCCUCGAUAUCUGCCGCGCCGCCUCACUCUCCCCGACUUUCCACCUCGACCGGAUCGCGUUCUCCGUUGCAAUCUCCAAACUCUCCGAAGGUAACCAUUUCCAAUCCAUCGAUACUUUCCUCCGUGAACUCAGGUCACGUCCCGACUUUCAACACGAGCGUUUCGUUUCCCAUUCUUUAAUCCUCUACGGUCAAGCCAAGAUGCUAAACCAUGCCUUGACGACGUUUGACGAAUUUUACAACAAGGGGUAUUGCCGUUCGACGAAAUCCCUAAAUGCUUUGCUCGUGGCGGCUAUUUUGGCGAAGGAUUAUAAAGAAGCGAAGAGGAUUUUCGUGGAAUUCCCUAAAAGAUAUGGCAUUGAACCCGAUUUAGAGACUUACAAUACUGCAAUUAAAGCUUUGUGUGAGUCUGGGUCAUCGUCCUCUGUGUAUUCUAUUUUGGUUGAUAUGAAAAGCAAAGGGGUUAAACCAAAUGCUACUACUUUUGGGACUUUGUUAGCUGGUUUUUAUGCAGAGGAGAAAUAUGAAGAUGUUGGGAAAGUGUUAAAUUUGAUGAAGGAACAUGGGGUUUCUGUUGGGGUUAGUACUUACAAUAUAAGGAUUCGGAGCUUGUGUAUGUUGAAGAAAUCUAAUGAGGCAAAGGCUUUACUCGAUGGGAUGCUAUCGAAAGGGAUAAUACCGAAUUCAGUUACAUAUCACCAUUUGAUUUAUGGGUUUUGUAGGGAAGGGAAUUUGGAGGAAGCUAAGAGGUUGUUUAAGAGUAUGGUGAAUAAAGGUUUGAAGCCUGAUAGUCAUUGUUAUUUUACAUUGGUGUAUUUCUUGUGUCAAAGUGGGGACUUUGAGACCGCUUUGAGGUUUUGUAAAGAAAGUAUGGAGAAAAAUUGGGUUCCGAAUUUUUCGACUAUGAAAGCUCUUGUGAAAGGACUUGCUAGCAUAUCUAAAGUUGAGGAAGCAAAGGAACUUAUAAAGAAUGUUAAGGAGAAGUUCUCCAAAAAUGCAGAUGCAUGGGAUGAAAUUGAAAAGGAUUUGCCCCAAUAGAGAAGGUAAGCAGGGUGUCCUAUCUUAGAGUCUGUUAUUAAAAUUAAUCAGGUCAUUUUUGCAUGGAAAUGAAAUAAGUAGGGCCUUUUUACUCAUGCAGGAUGAAUUGUUUUCAUUUUGUUAGCUUAAUUAUUGAAGGGCAUAUUAUAUUUUACUAGGAUUAUUUUGGCAGUGGAACUAUGUCCAACAAUAACUUUUUUUCCUUCUUAUGGAGACUUGUUUUAUGAGUUAUUUUAGAUGUCCUGGGAUCAUUACUGUAAACAGCUAUCUCCAUUUUUGAAUGAAAUCUGUUAUGAAGUUGAUGUUUA